ACGACACGCUUCAUUGCGAACAUGCUAAGCAGGUGAAUGGGGAGAGACAAUACAUUUGUAAAUAGACGAUGGCGGAGAGGAUACCUGUCGUCCUUCUCUUUGUCAUAGUGUUACUUACCUGUAGGACCAGUGCAGAUCCACCUGACAUAGCCACCUUUAACAUUCUAUCGGGGGUAUUUUAUGAAGGGGACGACGUCUUUUUGGAUUGUACGAUAGAUGGAGGGACGCCAUUGGCUACCUUAACCUGGGGACGAUGUGUCGACCAAUCAGGAGAGAGUUCGGAAUCUAGGAACACGGCUAACAAGUCCGUAGAGAGACUGACAAUUCAGGCCAUUAAUCGGACGUACAAUUAUGAGACGUGCACAUGUACUGCCAGCCAUCCAGAGAUAACAAACAAGCAAACACUUACUAAAGUACUAACCGUGUAUUAUCCCCCUGCUGUUCCUGAUUUAUUGGUAGACACCUCCAAUGGUGGACGCAUACCCUGGCUGGCGGACCCGUCAUUUACCGGCAGUCUGAGAUGUCGGAUUCACCCCGGAAAUCCGGAUUUUACCGAGAUCAUUUGGUAUAACAAUGGCGCGAUAGACCCAUAUAGGUCGGGUGAAUACAGGAUUUUCGAUCCCCCGGAUAAAAUUUACCACGGUCGAAAUUUCACAUGUAGGGCACAAAACAGAUUCACUACAGAGAAAGGGACGAUCAUCGAGUCUAAUGGGAUAGUCCUGGAUAUUGAAUAUACGCCUGUUAUUACGCUGCACCAAUCAGAAGCUUACGUUAACGAAACAAUGCCUUUCAAUCAAACAUGUUCCGCUGUUGGAAACCCUACCCCUACUGUGAGAUGGUCGGGAGUUCCUCAUAAAGGAUCGAAUGAUUCAGAAGCUGUCCUACAGUUCAAUGCGACUGACAGAGCUGACACCAACACUUACUUUUGUACAGCUUCAUCUUAUGCCACUAACAGUUUCUUACCACUGUCAUCAAUGAAAUCGCUCUUACUUUACGUUCAACAUGGACCUGACGAUAUCACAUUAAAUGUACCGGAACAAACAACAGAAAACGCAACACAUGUUCAACUUAGAUGUAUAGCCAGGAGUUUGCCUGCCAGCAAGUUUAAGUGGACGCAUUGGAUUGGUACGGAGUUUAUAAGGGAAACAUUCGAUAACGUGACCGACAAACAAUUGACCAGCACUUUGACCCUCAAUAAGGUGACCUACCAAGACAUGGGGACGUACCGUUGUGAAGCAGAGAACGGGUUCAAGGGAAGAGAUGGUCAGCUAGUGUAUUCACAGAGUGCUGUGGUGAACAUCCGUGCAAGACCAAGAGUGAUUGAUGCACAGGAUACUUAUAUCGUAGAGAAGAAUGACGCUCUUGAUGUCAAUAUAACAUUCUAUAGCUUCCCCAAGCCACUCCAUUUGUCCAUCACGAAAACAGAUUCAGACCUGCCCUCAACGGAAGAUCUGAAUAUCAUGAAUACGUCCGUGCCGAUCACUCUGCCUUUCUAUAAUAAAUUCAUCACAGCUGAUGGGUAUUUUUUACAGCUACAAUUCAGGAGUGUCCAUUCACAAGUUGAAGGCCAAUACCAGCUAUUUGUGAAUAACACUUUUCCAUACUUCUAUCCAUUUCAAAUAGUUAUAUCAGAUAAACCAGAUGCCCCACAGCUGCUUGACAUUGAUACCAGGAGCAGAAACCAUGACCGAGCCGUCGUUACGUGGUUGCCGGGGAACAAUGGCGGACAUAAACAGAAUUUUACUUUGACGUAUACAAAACAGAACUCGGACAUAUUUUUAUCACUAACAACAAACCAUACCACAUCAUCAGUACGGCUAAAAAACCUUCAACAAUUCACAACAUACGAAAUUACAUUAUUUGCAAGAAACUUAAAAGGGGAGAGUGAUCAUGUUUACGGUACAUUUACUACCGAAGGGAAGGUGUCACAGAACGCAGCAAUACUAGGAGGAGUCAUUGGUGGUGUUAUAGCUCUCCUCCUUAUCGUUAGUGGAGUGGUAGUAGUUGUCUGCAUUUACCAACGACAUCGGUCACAUGUCAUCAAUCGUUUUGAAUAUGAAAUGGCGCAGAGCGGAGACACUCAGUGAAAAACAAUAGCAUCAGUGUGUUUUGGUCAUUUAAAAAAAGAGACUGUGUACGAUAUUCUAAGUCUUGCAUUGAGCAGUAGCAAAUUAGCAACCAUGUGGCUGCAUUGUAUUUACAUACAUACAUUACUAGUAUUCGAGCUGUGUAGUUUUGACUAAUGUCAAGUCGGUCGACUAUGCGGUGUGGUAAAAGAUAAUGUUUCUACCAAGGCCUCCACUCAAAACGAAACUACAAUGCCGGCCUGGCUUUUGUUGAAAUAUUCAGCAGAGAGUCAUGACGUCAUAGCCAUAGUCUUGACGUCAAAGGAAGGAGGAACAUCGUCGACUCAUUAUACUCGUUAAUGAAUUUUCAUCAAUGUACUGAUAGCGUCCAGCAUGUACAAAACACAAAUGGUACAAAUAUACAGGAAGACUGAAGUAAAUAUAACAGAUAUUAUACCUACUAUAAUAGAUACAUAAUAUGCAUAAAGGAAUAAGAUCUGUACCACAGAGAUGUUGCUAGGGACACGAAGUUUUGUCCUUUGAGGACUCGUCAGUGAUAAUAGUGAUAGCAUAAUGCUGUUUGGUCCUUCUAGGAUUUGUCAGUGAUAUUAGGAACACCAUACAGCUGUUUCAGCCUUCUUGGACUCGCCAGCGAUGAAAGGGACAUCAUGCAGCUGUUUUGCCCUUCUAUGAUUCGUCAGUGAUAUUUGUGAUAGCAUAAUGCUGUUUGGUCCCUUCUAGGACUUGUCAGUGAUAUUAGGGACACCAUACAGCUGUUUUGGCCUUCUUGGACUCGUCAGCGAUGAAAGGGACAUAAUGCAGCUGUUUUGCCCUUCUAGGAUUCGUCAGUGAUGUUAGGGACACAAUACGACUGUUUUGCCCUUGUAGGACUCGUCAGUGAUACUAGGAAUAGCAUAUGCUGUUUGGUCCUUCUAGGACUUUUCAGUGAUAUUUGGGACACCAUACAGCUGUUUUAGCCUUCUUGGACUCGUCAGCGAUGAAAGGGACAUCAUGCAGCUGUUUUGCCCUUCUAGGAUUCGUCAGUGAUGUUAAGGACACAAUACGACUGUUUUGCCCUUGUAGGACUCGUCAGUGAUAUUAUUGGCACCCUACAGCUCUUUCGUCAUUCCAGGAAUCCUUUGUAAUGUUAGGGACAUCAUACAAUUGUUUUAGCUUCUUCUAGAGCUCGUCAGUGAUGACACAGUCAUCAUUCAGCUGUUAUCUAUUUCUAGGACUCUUCAGUGAUGUCAGGGUCAUCACCCGUCUAUUUCGUCAUUUUAGGACUAGUCAGUGAUACCAGGGACAUAGCACAGCAGUUUUAUCCUUUUAGGACUCGUCAGUGAUACUGGGAACAUGAUACAGCUAUGACGUCCUUCUAGGAUAUGUCGGUAGUGCCAAGGCUAUUAUACAGUUGUUUAGUCUUUCUAGGACUCGUCAGUGAUAAGAUAUUCAAAAUAGUCCGGAACAAGACUUAUAGUCUGAAUAAUCGUCACAAUAUGUUUAACAUUAUUUACACAUAGACAGUCCACCUGGAAACGGCUGAGGAGGGCAUGAAGGACUUGAUAAAAGUCUUUGAUUUUUUGAUGAAAUUAAUAAAUAUAAUAAAUUUAUUUUCCUUCG